GCUCCGCCCCCGACCGCCUGGCCCGGGGGGACGGCACUUUGUUCAGGAUGCCGCCUCCUCCUCAUUGUGGGGCCGGGGCCGGCGGCGGCCCUAGUGCGAGGCCCGAGGCCGGAUCGCGCUGCGCCGGCUGAGACUAGUGAGAGGGGCCGACCCGGGUCGCGGAGCCCCCAGAAAAGUUUCUGUGUGCGAGGAGAGGACGCCCGGACCGGCGCUGCUAGGAGAUGCGCGACUCUGCGCUGCGGUGGUGGCGGCGGCGUGGACCCCAAGCCCCGGAGGACAGGCGCGCCGGACAGUAGUCCACCCUGAAGCUUCGCUGACCAUGAAUGGGAUGGCCAACGUGAAUUCUGCCAGCCGCCCGCACUAUGCCUCCUCCAUUCCUGUGCCUCGAGCGUCUUCCCAGACCAGGAUCCAUACACCCGGUGCCUCUCCCCAGCUGCGGCCCCGCCAGGCUGGCCUGGCCCUGAGCCCCCAAAGAGCAGCCUCUGCAAGACUGGGCAAGGCUGCAGGUCCUUCCAGAAACUCCUCCCCCAAGGUCUCCCGGGGCAGAGGCACCCCCAGGGCUGCUGGGGCAGCGAAGGAAUCAGCAGAGGAUGGAGAAAGCCUCCCCAGCUCUCCCUGGAGCAGUCCCAGGGUAACCCCCAAAGCAGCCCUCUCCAGCCAGGCAGGGUCCAGAAGAGUCAGAGAGGCUCAAGGCACUCAUGGGAAGAAGAAGGCCCAGGAAGGGAUUCCAACCCGCCAGACCCGGGGCAGGAGCCCGUCCCGGACAAGCUGUCAUGGAGAAACCCACAUACCAGGGACUUCUGAAGGUCGAAAGCCUCCUAGCUGCCCAGAAAAAGAUCAAAGAGACAUAAACUACAAAACUUCUGGGAUCCUCAGGUCUUUGGAGCCCGACGACAGAGCAUCUUCAGGGGCUUCCUCUCCAGUCUGCAGUCCCAUGCAGAGCAAGCGCCCCUCCCCGACCCCAGCCAUUAGCUUCUCCUCCGUCCAUCAGCAGAGCCAGCCGGUCACAGCCACCGUGGCCCCCUUCCAGUACAGGUUACAGACAGACCAGGAGCCGGGUCCCCUCCCCCAAAGCAGCUGGGCCCUCGAUGGCUACUCCAGUCCCCCCAGCAGGACUGAGGACAGCUUCUCCUGUAUGGACGCGCGGAUCGUCCAUGCGCUCCUCGCGGGCAGAAUGCUGGGCAGCAGCGUCAAGAGCGCGCAGCCCGAGGUGGAGCUGAGCGGCGGCGGCGACGAGGGCGCGGACGAGCCGCGAGGAGCCGGCAGGAAGGCGGCCGCGGCGGACGGCAGAGGCAUGCUGCCCAAGCGCGCCAAGGCGCCGGGCGGCGGUGGCAGCAUGGCCAAGGCCAGCGCUGCUGAGCUGAAGGUCUUCAAGUCCGGUAGCGUGGACAGCCGUGUUCCCGGCGGUCCACCGGCCUCCAACCUGCGCAAACAGAAGUCGCUCACCAACCUCUCGUUCCUCACAGACUCAGAGAAGAAGCUGCAGCUCUAUGAGCCCGAGUGGAGCGACGAUAUGGCCAAGGCACCCAAGGGUUUAGGCAAGAUGGGGUCCAAGGGCCGCGAGACUCCGCUGAUGUCCAAGACGCUGUCCAAGUCCGAGCAUUCACUCUUCCAGGCCAAAGGCGGCCCGGCGGGCGGCGCCAAGACCCCCCUAGCUCCUCUAGCGCCCAGCCUGGGAAAACCCAGCCGGAUCCCACGCGGACCUUAUGCGGAGGUCAAGCCGCUCAGCAAGGCGCCAGAGGCGGCGGUCAGCGACGACGGCAAAUCGGAUGAUGAGUUGCUCUCCAGCAAGGCCAAGGCGCAAAAGGGUUCUGGGCCUGUGCCCUCCGCCAAGGGCCAGGAGGAGCGCGCUUUCCUCAAGGUGGACCCCGAGCUCGUGGUAACUGUACUGGGCGACCUGGAGCAGCUGCUCUUCAGCCAGAUGCUGGACCCAGAGUCCCAGAGAAAGAGGACAGUGCAAAAUGUCCUGGAUCUUCGCCAGAACCUGGAAGAGACCAUGUCCAGCCUGCGAGGCUCCCAGGUGACUCACAGCUCCCUGGAGAUGACCUGCUACGACAGCGAUGAUGCCAACCCGCGCAGCGUGUCCAGCCUCUCCAACCGCUCCUCCCCUCUGUCUUGGCGCUAUGGCCAGUCCAGCCCGCGGCUGCAGGCUGGUGAUGCACCUUCGGUGGGCGGGAACUGCCGGUCGGAGGGGACUCCUGCCUGGUACAUGCACGGGGAGCGAGCCCACUACUCCCACACCAUGCCCAUGCGCAGUCCCAGCAAGCUCAGCCACAUCUCCCGCCUGGAGCUGGUUGAGUCCCUGGACUCGGAUGAGGUGGAUCUCAAGUCCGGCUACAUGAGCGACAGUGACCUCAUGGGCAAGACCAUGACAGAGGACGACGACAUCACUACUGGCUGGGAUGAAAGCAGCUCCAUCAGCAGUGGGCUCAGUGAUGCCUCCGACAACCUCAGCUCAGAAGAGUUCAAUGCCAGCUCCUCACUCAACUCCCUCCCAUCUACUCCCACUGCCUCCCGCAGGAACUCUACAAUAGUGCUGCGCACAGACUCAGAGAAGCGCUCUCUGGCAGAAAGUGGGCUGAGCUGGUUUAGUGAAUCAGAAGAGAAGGCCCCCAAAAAGCUGGAGUACGACAGUGGUAGCCUGAAGAUGGAACCUGGGACUUCUAAGUGGCGGAGAGAACGGCCUGAGAGCUGUGAUGAUUCUUCCAAGGGCGGAGAACUCAAAAAACCCAUCAGUCUGGGACAUCCUGGUUCCUUGAAGAAGGGCAAGACCCCACCAGUGGCUGUCACUUCCCCCAUCACUCAUACAGCCCAGAGUGCCCUCAAAGUUGCAGGCAAACCCGAAGGCAAAGCUACAGACAAGGGUAAGCUUGCUGUAAAGAAUACCGGGCUGCAGCGCUCCUCUUCUGAUGCUGGUCGAGAUCGCCUAAGUGAUGCUAAGAAGCCCCCCUCGGGCAUUGCUCGCCCCUCCACCUCGGGAUCCUUUGGCUACAAGAAACCCCCUCCUGCCACAGGCACGGCCACAGUCAUGCAGACUGGUGGCUCAGCCACUCUCAGCAAGAUCCAGAAGUCCUCAGGCAUCCCCGUCAAGCCAGUGAAUGGGCGAAAAACUAGCUUAGAUGUGUCCAAUAGCGCAGAGCCUGGAUUCCUGGCUCCCGGAGCCCGUUCCAACAUCCAGUACCGCAGCCUGCCCCGGCCAGCCAAGUCCAGUUCCAUGAGUGUGACAGGUGGGCGGGGUGGACCUCGCCCUGUGAGCAGCAGCAUUGACCCCAGUGUCCUCAGCACCAAGCAAGGAGGCCUUACACCCACCAGACUGAAGGAGCCUUCCAAGGUUGCCAGUGGGCGGAACACUCCAGCUCCUGUCAAUCAGACAGACCGGGAAAAGGAAAAGGCCAAAGCCAAAGCAGUGGCCUUGGACUCAGACAACAUCUCCUUAAAGAGCAUUGGCUCCCCAGAGAGCACUCCCAAGAACCAAGCAAGCCACCUGCCAGCCACCAAGUUAGCAGAGCUACCACCAACCCCUCUCAGGGCCACAGCUAAGAGCUUUGUCAAGCCUCCUUCACUAGCCAAUCUAGACAAGGUCAACUCCAACAGUCUGGAUCUACCAUCGUCCAGUGACAGCCACACUCCAAAGGUCCCAGAUCUGCAUGCUACAAGCUCAGCAACUGGGGGCCCUCUCCCUUCUUGCUUCACCCCCAGUCCAGCACCCAUCCUCAAUAUUAACUCAGCCAGCUUCUCCCAGGGCCUAGAGCUGAUGAGUGGUUUCAGUGUCCCAAAGGAGACCCGCAUGUACCCCAAACUCUCAAGCCUGCACAGGAGCAUGGAGUCCCUUCAGAUGCCAAUGAGCCUGCCCAGUGCCUUUCCCAGCAGUUCCCCCAUCCCCACCCCUCCUGCGGCCCCUGCUGCCCCCACAGAGGAAGAGACCGAAGAGCUGACCUGGAGUGGAAGCCCCAGGGCUGGACAAGUGGACAGUAAUCAGCGGGAUCGGAAUACCCUUCCCAAGAAAGGACUCAGGUACCAGCUCCAGUCCCAGGAGGAGACCAAGGAGAGGCGGCAUUCCCAUACCAUUGGUGGGCUGCCUGAAUCCGAUGACCAGUCAGAGCUGCCUUCUCCCCCUGCUCUCUCCAUGUCCCUGAGUGCAAAAGGCCAGCUUACCAACAUAGUGAGUCCCACGGCGGCCACCACGCCAAGAAUCACCCGCUCCAACAGCAUCCCCACCCACGAAGCGGCCUUCGAGCUGUACAGCGGCUCCCAAAUGGGGAGCACCCUGUCCCUGGCCGAGAGACCCAAGGGAAUGAUUCGGUCAGGAUCCUUCCGAGACCCCACGGAUGAUGUUCACGGCUCGGUGCUGUCCCUGGCCUCCAGUGCCUCCUCCACAUACUCCUCAGCUGAGGAGAGGAUGCAGUCUGAGCAAAUCCGGAAGCUUCGUAGAGAACUGGAAUCAUCCCAGGAAAAAGUGGCCACCCUGACAUCUCAGCUUUCUGCCAAUGCUAAUCUAGUGGCCGCUUUCGAGCAGAGCCUUGUGAGUAUGACAUCCCGCCUGCGACACCUGGCAGAGACAGCAGAGGAGAAGGACACUGAGCUGCUGGAUUUGCGAGAAACCAUAGACUUUCUGAAGAAAAAGAACUCUGAGGCUCAGGCAGUCAUUCAGGGAGCCCUGAAUGCCUCAGAAACCACACCCAAAGAACUACGGAUCAAGAGACAGAACUCCUCAGAUAGCAUCUCAAGCCUCAACAGCAUCACCAGCCAUUCCAGCAUUGGCAGUGGCAAGGACGCUGAUGCGAAAAAGAAGAAGAAAAAGAGUUGGGUCUAUGAGCUUCGAAGUUCCUUCAACAAAGCCUUCAGCAUAAAAAAGGGACCCAAGUCAGCCUCCUCAUACUCUGAUAUCGAGGAGAUUGCCACACCAGACUCCUCGGCCCCCUCGUCACCCAAACUGCAACAUGGCUCCACAGAGACAGCUUCGCCCUCCAUCAAGUCCUCCACCUCAUCCUCUGUGGGCAUUGAUGUCACCGAGGCCCCUGCUCAUUCAGCCCCCCACCCCAGGCUGUUCCACACCAACGAGGAGGAGGAGCCAGAAAAGAAAGAGGUAUCCGAGUUGCGCUCGGAGCUGUGGGAAAAAGAGAUGAAGCUCACGGACAUCCGCUUGGAGGCCCUCAACUCUGCCCACCAGCUGGACCAACUUCGGGAGACCAUGCACAACAUGCAGUUGGAGGUGGACCUGCUGAAAGCAGAGAAUGACCGGCUGAAGGUAGCCCCUGGCCCCUCCUCAGGCUCCACUCCAGGGCAGGUCCCUGGAUCAUCUACUCUGUCAUCCCCUCGCCGCUCCCUGGGCCUCGCACUCACCCAUUCCUUCAGCCCAAGUCUCACAGACACAGACCUGUCACCCAUGGAUGGCAUCAGCACCUGUGGUCUAAAGGAGGAAGUGACCCUUCGAGUGGUAGUACGGAUGCCCCCACAGCACAUCAUCAAAGGGGACUUGAAGCAGCAGGAAUUCUUCUUGGGAUGUAGCAAAGUCAGUGGAAAAGUUGACUGGAAGAUGCUGGAUGAAGCUGUUUUCCAAGUGUUCAAGGACUAUAUUUCUAAAAUGGACCCAGCCUCCACCCUGGGACUAAGCACUGAGUCGAUCCACGGCUACAGCCUCAGCCAUGUGAAACGAGUGUUGGAUGCUGAACCUCCAGAGAUGCCUCCUUGCCGUCGAGGUGUCAAUAACAUUUCGGUGUCCCUCAAAGGUCUAAAGGAGAAGUGCGUGGACAGCCUGGUGUUUGAGACGCUGAUCCCCAAACCGAUGAUGCAGCACUACAUUAGCCUCCUGCUCAAGCACCGGCGCCUCGUGCUCUCAGGCCCCAGCGGCACUGGCAAGACCUACCUGACCAAUCGCUUGGCUGAAUACUUAGUGGAGCGCUCUGGCCGCGAGGUCACCGAGGGCAUCGUCAGCACCUUCAACAUGCACCAGCAGUCUUGCAAGGAUCUGCAACUGUACCUCUCCAACCUAGCCAACCAGAUAGAUCGAGAAACAGGAAUUGGAGAUGUGCCCUUGGUGAUCCUACUGGAUGACCUGAGUGAAGCGGGCUCUAUUAGUGAGCUGGUCAAUGGGGCUCUCACCUGCAAGUAUCACAAAUGUCCCUAUAUUAUAGGUACCACCAAUCAGCCUGUAAAAAUGACACCCAACCAUGGCUUGCACUUGAGUUUCAGGAUGCUGACCUUCUCCAACAAUGUAGAGCCAGCCAAUGGCUUCCUGGUGCGUUACCUGCGGAGAAAGUUGGUAGAGUCAGACAGUGACAUCAACGCCAACAAGGAAGAGCUGCUUCGGGUGCUGGACUGGGUGCCUAAGCUGUGGUAUCACCUCCACACCUUCCUGGAGAAGCACAGCACCUCAGACUUCCUCAUCGGCCCGUGCUUCUUCCUGUCCUGUCCCAUUGGCAUUGAGGACUUCCGGACCUGGUUCAUUGACUUGUGGAACAACUCCAUCAUUCCCUAUCUGCAGGAGGGAGCCAAAGAUGGGAUCAAGGUUCAUGGGCAGAAAGCUGCUUGGGAGGACCCAGUGGAGUGGGUCCGGGAUACUCUUCCCUGGCCAUCAGCCCAACAAGACCAAUCAAAGUUGUACCACCUGCCUCCACCCACUGUGGGUCCUCACAGCAUUGCCUCACCUCCAGAAGACAGAACAGUCAAAGACAGCACUCCAAAUUCUCUAGAUUCGGACCCUCUGAUGGCCAUGCUGCUGAAACUUCAAGAAGCUGCCAAUUACAUUGAAUCUCCAGAUCGAGAGACGAUUCUGGACCCCAACCUCCAGGCAACACUCUGAGGUCCCAGCAGUCACUGUCACCCCGGACUACAGAAGGCUGGCAUCAGCUUCCUUAGCUCCUCCUCUCCCCUCUUCUUUCAGAGUGCUAGCUCUCCAGCCGAGGAGGAGAACAGGAGGGAGGAGGAGGAUAAGAAGAGGGGCAGGUUCUUGGUGCUGCACCUUGGAGAACUUCCUACUAGGGAUUGGUGGGGUAGAGUUUGGGAACUUGUGUCCCCUAAAUACAUUUACUGGCCUCCUCUCACCAUUUUGGGGAAAAGAUGAUUCUGGGUCUUUUCCUUGAUUUCUUAUUUCAAUUAUAAAUUCCUGGGCUUUCUGGGAAAAGGGGUUCAGAAGACAUCAAAAAACUCUGCAGCAGCUCCUGAUUCUCACAAACAACUCCGAGACAGUCACAGGUGGGGAGACCUGAGGGAGGCAGGACUCUCCGCAGACUUUCUUGCAGACCCUUCCCAACUCCAUCACCACUGCCAACAACUCUUCCCCCAGAAAUCUGGCCGGAGCCCAGAAAAGAAGCAUGUGGUUUAAACAAUGUGUAAAUCAACCUGUAAAAGGUAAAAUGCAAUGGAAAAGAUGAAUCUGGAGAGAGGGGACCCAGUUGCCAAGCAAGAAAGAAAACUGCCAGCUCUUGCCUUCUGGAUAACAGGGGAUGUUGACAAGAUGCCUGCCAAUCUAAGAAGUCGCCAAACCACAAAAAUAACAUUACAGCCUUCAGAGAAAGACUCCUAGCUCUGUCUUUCUACCCUCUAAUUUAACAUGCAUGAGAGUCAAUAAACCCUACUUUUUAAUUUUUUAUUUUUUUUAUUUUGCAUUGAUUUUUUUCCCCCUACCAUCUGCCUAUUUAUUUUCCUCCCCUGCUUCCCCACUUCUUCACAUGUCCAUGAGAUACUGGGUUGCUUUUUGAGGGGUUAGUUUGGCUUUUCCAAGUGGAUUUUCUUGGGAGAAUCUGAUGCCAUCUAAUUAGUACCAGCUAAACACCUGUCAUGCCACUCUAUGUGGCAUCCUUAGGGCCUAUAUAAGACGUGAAGCACUGGAUCAGCAGUAGUGGGAGAAGAGGAACCCAGUUCCUUUAACUUCCCUUUCGCAAAAAGCACACGUUCUGGCCAGGAGCUCAAUUGGCAACUUUGAGCUUCAUUGUCGACUGUAGGAAAACCAAAAAAUUGGAGAGACUCUUCUAUCUUGUGGCUUGCUUGUCCCUCUCACUGCACUAUUUAAUGGUAGCCAUUUCACCUGACUGAAUCAAAAUUCCCCAGCCAGCCCUUACUAUUUGUUUUUUACAGGUGAGUAUUCACUUGUAAGAGACUGAACAGCCACGUGAGACACUCCAAAUCAGAAUUAUAGGUUCAAGGAGCUUGAUUUGGUGGCCAAUAUCUGCCUUCUGGGGAGAUCCCACAUCUUGCAAGAAGUUGCUCUUUUCCUGAUGUCCUGAAAGUCUGCCGGUCCAUGUUCCUUGGGUUGACGGAUACCGAGUACUUAACUGUGUACCAGUUACUAGAUUUUAAAAAAUAAGAGACAAGACUUGGGCCCGUAAGCUCAUGUCUAGUAGAAAAUGUUGACACCCCAUUAAAUGCAUACUACCUUGUAUCUGGACCUUCAGGAUCACCCAAGAAAUGUAGCUGAAAUCCAAGAAGUCAACUAAGAAGCCUUUGAUUAGAUGUCUAAUACAUUGGGGGCAGAAGAUCUGGGAUCAACUAAGGUGGAACCUGAAAGACUAUGGAAUCUUGCUUGUCUGGAGUUGGCAAGUCUACUUCCUGCCACUUCUGAAAGCCCUAAGGGAACAGAUUCCAGGCUGAACUGCCAAGUGGGCUGAAAUUUCAGGGCUCUGCCAAUCAGGGAUAUGUGGUGAGCUUGGGUUUAAAAGUUUGCUGUUCAGAUUCCUAAGUAGCACAAGACUAUCAGAUUCUACAGGCAUUCUGGAUCACUCUGUUCCACCCAACCGAGGAGUAGAUUCAUCUGAAUCUUCAUAUCAGAAUAUUUUCAUUUAGCUCCCAAGAUGGUCUAGUUUAUCACCCCCCCCACCCCGAAGAAAAGCUUCUGUUUUCACAUGGUAGCUCCCAGGGAAGACAGGGUCCUCUGUGCUGGAGACUAUUAUUGCUAUUGCUGCUAAUUCCAUGAGCUGUGAAGAUCCCCCAACCAACUUGGCUGUAAAAUAUGCAAUUCUGUGGUGGGAAGAAGCUGUUUGUCCAAGGAUGGUGCUGAAAUCACUGCCUUAAGGUCUCUGAUGCGUAAAAUGAGGCCCCAGAGCUGGGUGUUCCAAAUUAGAAGGAAGGAAAGACCAGAUGGGCUUGCUUUGGACCUAGGCCUCUUCUGUGUACCCUAUUCCAAGCUCCAGUCCCAUGGCAAGGCUUAGACUUUUAAUGCCAUCUUAAUCUGAUGGUUGAGCCCUUAACUCUACUUUCCGGUGCUGCCCAGCCAGUGCCUUCUGACAUGGAUGUUACUGGCUACUUGAGAAAAAGGAGAGGGGAGAGCCCCUUCUUCCAUUCCAACUGCCUCAGACCGCAGAGAGAUUCUGGUCUCUCUGGUAACCAUGGAUACCACCAUGAAUUUUGUGUGGAUCUUCAGCAGGUUUUUUUCUGGAGGCUUCUCGUGCUCUGACUUUUCAUUUCUAUUCUUGGGAUCCAUCACCCUCUGCUCUUGGUUGACUGCUGCAUUUAGCCCAGGUGUCUAAUUGCUUUCCUCCAGAAAGUGUGUUCCCAACUUUGUGAAGUGGUAAUGAAGCCUCAGCUUUCCCUCUGCAGCCUGGGACCUUGUUUACAGUUGCACAUCUGGGCCCCUCAUGGUGGGGACUGAUCAUCUCACAAAGGAAUCCUGAGUAUUUGGCAACUGUAGAAGAAAGUUGGGCCUCCUCAUGGUGCUAUAACCCCUUGGGACGCUCAUCCAGACUUCUCUGAAGCAGAACACCAAGCUCCCCUGACCUGCUGCAAGAAUGAACGGCAAGGAGCAAAUCCGCAGCGUUCUCUCCUACCUACACACCUGCUUCUUGGUUGAGACUACUGGGAUCCCUCAAAAGAGAAAACCGGGUCCCAUAGCUAAAUUCUCAACCCCCAGGCACCUUUGGAAGAAUCUGGCCUAAUUCUGGAAUUUGUACUGCUUCCUUCCUCUCCAGCCCCUGACUUCAUCCCUUACCAAAGCGAGCUAGUAUAGAACAUGGUUCAAUACCUAACAUCAAUCUAUGGGGAGAGCCACAACUCAGAGAGAGGUUCCUCGGCAGAGUCCCUCUCAUUUCUGGAUGGGGAAGACCAACAAGAUGUGUCCAAUAUAUUUUUUUCUCAGUCCCUGCCUAGGCACUAAAAAUAAAAUACUAGCAAAUUGGAGGCUAAUAUGGGACCUGGUGUGUGUGUGUGUGUGUGUGUGUGUGUGUGUGUGUGUGUGUGUGUGUGUGUGUGUGUUUGGUCUCACAUACACACACAAGCAGAUGGCUGUUGCUAUGUCCUAUCCUGAGGCUUCGUAGAGUAUAUUUAAGAAUUCUAUUCUUUGUGGCCACUUUACGGUGCUUAUUUCUGUCUUCAUAUAAAUUCUAUACCAAUGCUCUUCGUGUAGUGUAGCCAUUGAGAAGGUAGAGGCUGACAGGAAAGAAGAAUUGGCUAAAAGUCCAUGGAGAGACCGAUGUACUACAUUUUGGUCUUGAGUUACCAACCUUCCAACUAAUCCAUCCAUACUCCUUAAGGACUGAAGACAAAUAGUGAUUUUUUUUUUCCUUUUCAUUUCUUGCCUUCUGGUUUUCCUGGUUUGCAAGAGUAUGAGUGCACCUAAUCUUAUCUGUUAGUUCUAGAUCCCCAAGACAUACUAUUCAGAGGGAUACCAUGACUUCUAGUGGUCUGAACUCUAUUUCCUGUAGUAUUCCAAAGAGUGGGAAGAGAGAAGCAGUAACAAACAUCCUUAUGUGGAAGGGCACCCGUGUGCAGCAACCCAGCAUGUAGGUGAAAUUUGCCUGACUGAAUGGGACUCCGUCCUGCAAAACCAAGAUCAAAGUGAUGCUUACAAUGAGACAUUAAGGAUUCUUUAUUCCAAUGUGUUUGCGAGGGAAAGAUGUUUAAUUACACAUUCAUACAUUCAGCGGGGUUCACAUUGGCAAAUGCAGCUCUUCAUCAUACUUUUCUUUCCUUAAUCCUGUACCCCAUAAGCCACCUUCCAUGAUAGGACAAAAAAAAAGGUCAUAUGGGGCACUAUGUUCCCAAAGCCUGAUAUUGCCCUUUAUAACUGAAUCAGUUUUAUAUAUUCAUGACAUCAAUCAAUCUCCAGAGAUCUAUCUCACUGCCCAGAGGGCAGGUGUGUGUGUCUGCUCAGCCUAGCCCUAGAAGCAAGUACUGCCACCACAGAUCCUAGAGAAGGUAGAACAAACUGGAUAGAAUUAUAGACUUAAAGUAAGGGAACCUCUUGAAAUUCAGAAGCUGCAGGGAGACCAAGGCAGAUACAGAUGUUUUAACCAUUUUUCUUAAUGUUUAUGACUUGGAAAAUUUUCUAUCAUGUGAUUAUGAAAGUGAACCCCUAGUUUCUUGGUUCAGCCCUUCAAUUAUGAAGACCAUGGUUCUCAAAAAGGAUGGUUCCAGACUACUAGAAUCAGCAGCAGCAUCUGGGUACUUAUUAGAAAUUAAAUUCUCAGGCUCCACCCUGGGCCUAAUGAGUCAGAAACUCCAGGGGUAGAGCCCAGCAACUCCUGUGAAGAAACCCCGCAGUGAAUCUGAUGCACGCUGAACUUGGAGAUUUGACUGUUUUAAAGGGAAAGCUAAGUAUCAGAGUGCCUACUUUCAGGGGCUUUAGGACCAAAAAUAAGAAGGUCCUAGGUUAUAAUCCAGAUGUUACUAUUAGUUUCAACAUCACUUUUAUCAUACUUCUUUAUGUUUCGGUUUUCCUUAUGUUUAAUUUAACAAAGGAAACAAUAUGUGCGCUUCCAGGUGGAAGUUAGAGGAGUGUUUGCAGCUUUCCUAGUUGAAUGCAACCUUCAGAGAAAAAUGUCACCUGAAAUUUCGACUUGGCAAUCUACACGGAGGAAAGUGGUUGGAGGUCUCUUCCAGAUUGCUCUUCUGGUGGACAAUUUGUGUCUAUUCUUACCUUUUCCCAAUUAUGUAAUAAAAUGGGAAAAGUAAAAAAAAAAUAAAAAUAAAAAUAAAUUAAUUUGUAUUUCCAUAACAAAAUGUUCUCCCAGGAACAACCCUCUCCUUUAUUUGAGUUGCAAAGAGCACUACUGGUCUGAGAACCUGGUCAGAACCUUCUUCCCCAAGGCAGCUAACAACUUAAGGGUUCCAGGAUUCCAAGGAGACCCCUUCUCUGUGCUCUGUUGGGCACCUAAAUCCUUGGACUUAAGCUUUCCCCACACCAGGUCGUGGAUACAGAACUACUCAGCCAAGGCAAUAGAAUAAAAUCCUUAAAAAAAAAAAAAAAGUCUGAAAAGAGCUUCAUAUAUUUCAAAGUUCACAGACUCAUGGGGCCAUGGGGGAGAUAAGGUUGUUUGGAACUGGUUUUGUUUCAAGUUUGUUGAUUUUCUUCCCUGUGAAAGAGCUUGAGGAUUGAGCACAAAGAAACGUAAUAGGACAGGUCUCCUGUGCCCUGGCACUCAGCACUUGGAGGAAGGACUAAAGCCGAAGGAAGGCAAAUAAUUGCACUAAAAUCACUCCCUUAGUCCCCCAGAAAGCCUGCCAUGCGUCCUCUGGCCAACUCUGAGGGGGUCACCCUGCUUCCCUGCCAUUUUUCUGAGAAGGAAGAAAGUAAGGAACAGGCUUGUGUUGCGGCCAAUCUCUGGGCUACUGCUGUGCAGUGGGCCACCACUUCCUAAUGUUCUUUUGUUUAAAAAAAAAAAAAAAUCUUUUUUUUUUUUUUAAUGAAUUCUCUAGCUUCCUUCCCCCCCACCCCCACCCCAUCCUGUUUGGGUCAGCACUCUGUGAUGGAGUUUGUGUUUCUCAAGUGCAUGGUGUUCCUCAGGUGGAGGGUGGGCAGGAAUUUUCACAACAGUUUUUUGUUUUUGUUUUGUUUUUAAUUUAUUGGGCACAAAACCUCAAACCAGGAUGUGUGUGUUUAUGUAUGUGUGUGUGUGUGUGUGUGUGUGUUUGAUUGAUCUGUUGUUGUUGUUUUUUUUUUUUUCCUCUCUCAUUUGACCCUUGCCUCUUCCAACCUACUCCCUUUUAUAGCUAAUGUAGAAAAAGCAAAAUUGAAUCUGGAAAGGAAAUGGUUGUAUAUAGUUGCGGUAACAAUCAUGAAGAGAGCUGGGCUGUCCCCUCAGUAAUUCAUUUUAAAGAACAAAUUGGUCAAAAAUUAAAUUCAUGCCUGGGCCAGCUGAAGAGGCCUUCCUCCCUCACCAUGGUGGUCCCCCUCAUCUGGGCCCUCUGUUCUCAGGCAUGUCUCUUCUCAGCAAGAUUCAUCUGUUCAAUGCCAUUUGCGUUUCAAUAAAGUUAUCUCCUGUAUUGUC